GGCAGGAUAUCUAUUGUUGCCGGCUAUUCAACUGCAUCGACAUCGGGAACGGUGUCUAUGCGCACGAUGAAUGCAGGAGAUAAUGGCAUAAGCGGCUAUCUGUUCCUUAGCACAGGCACGUCUUCGGGAGGGAACUCCGGCUACGUAGCUUUAGAAACCGGGGCCGCUACAAGUGGCAGAGGAGGAGCUUUCACUAUUCUCGUUGGAGACGGCGACAGUGGCGACGGCGGAUCGGUCAGUCUCGCAGCGGGAGGGACCAGCGCGGACGGCACAGAUGGCAGAAUAUCCCGUGGCGGCACGGUGACUAUCGUUGCUGGUCAUGGUGCCGGUGAAGAAUUUAGCAUGGGCGGUGCUUUCUCAGUUUCUGCAGGUAUCGGAGGAUCAGACACCGGUGGAUCUGUCUUCAUCAAAUCAGGAUAUGGAUCGACAUCCACAUCCGGUUCAAUAACCACGUCGACAAUGAACGGUGGCGAAAUGGGAGCAUCGGGGCGUGUCGAAUUUACGACAGGCUCUUCUUCAUCUGGAAACACGGGCUCUGUUCUUAUAGCAACAGGAACAGCCGAUAUCGGCGGAGGCGGGGCGAUUGAGGUCUCGGUCGGUGCCGGUGACAGCGGCCAUGGAGGUAGCAUCACUGUCACCGCUGGAGACACUUCACAGUCCGACAAGACGGGCGGGUCUAUUAGCAUUCACGCGGGCGAUGGUACCGGCAUAUGCAAUGGAUGUGGCGGUCACGUUGCCAUCACGGCGGGGCAGGGAUACACAUCGAGCGGCGGGAGCUGUUGGAUUACAUCGGGAUAUGGAGCAAAGUACAGCUCAGGCAACAUGACAAUUGCCACUGCGAAUGCAGGUAUCGCUGGUGUUAGUGGCCACUUGAUCAUUUCUACCGGCACAGCAAGCAAUGGCAACAGUGGCUGGAUAAACAUAACGUCUGGUGACUCUGCAGGCGGUCGCGGCGGUAACAUGACGAUAGUCGUAGGAACAGGGGACAGCGGGACGGGAGGAAACGCCACUGUGGUUGCUGGGGCGUCCUCCGUGCGUACGGGCGGUUCAUUAAUCUUGACCACUGGCGAGGGGGCCUCGUCAACUUCAGGCACAGUUUGCUUUCUUACCGCAAAUGCCGGUUUUCGCGGUGUAUCCGGCUCCCUGAUUUUCUCUGCAGGAACAUCAAGUGGUGGAAAUACAGGAGCUUGCCUCAUCGGGAGUGGAGCCGCAUCUUCUGGGCGCGGGGGUCGGAUCAGUCUCACCGUCGGCAGCGGCACGUCCGCCGGUGGCGGCAUGCUUUUUGUUGCUGCUGGCCGCUCAGGUUCGUACACG